UCCUCAAUCAGAAGGAAUUGAAAAUUGAACUUCCUUCUUCAUCUAGACCAGAUUUUUACUUCAAAUUUCGAGAUGCUAUGUCGAUCCAGAUCACUAUUGAGGACAUAACUCACUCGCUUCACCUCAUCAAUCGUUACACUCAUAUUGAGAUUGCUUUCGCUCAAUUCUCUGGCCCUCUUGAGCAUUGCUCAAAAAUUCGCGAAGUAGUCAUGCAAGCUGUUGACAAGGUUACGAAUGAUCUGCAUAUGGAGUACAAUCAUGUCAAUGCAUUUGCUUGUUCAAAUGAUCUGGAAAAGAAGUGUUACUGUCUUGUUGUUAAUAAAGAUGAAUUCAAAGUCAAAUGUACAGAUUGUCCUAUGGCAGCUCCUAUUACAGAUGAUAAUAGCUACAAGUGCUGGUUUAAAAGCUCCACAACUGUUCCACAAAAUACAAAUCUAGUAGUAUCUCCAUUAAAGAAUCAGGAAGAGAAGACAGAUAAGACAUCAAGUUCAUCUGAAAAAACACAAGAUAAGUGGUCUAAACUGGGAAUCAUAAGUGUUGUUGGACUAGUACUAGUUGGAGCAUUCAUUCUUGUUUUAGUUGGAUAUUUUGCCUUUUUAAAUUCUUAUCAUAUAGGUUAUGGAGCUGUGUUAUUUAUAGUAUUAGUUACUUUAUCAGAAAUCUUUUCCAUCUGGAAACCUGUUCUAAGAUAACAGUAUUUGGAGCUUUUAUUGCAGUUAUUAUUGGGAUUUUUAUCACAAUGAUUGUGAUCUUGAUUAUUGGAGAUGAUGCUACUAAACGAUACCUUCUUCAAACUAUAGUAACUGCUAUCAUCACACCAUUCAUGAACAAAGUUAUGGACAAGUUAUUUGGAAACUCUAAUAAUAGAUAGGUUUUAUUUUGAUUUUGUGUUAGAAAACAAUUCUUUUAGCUUUGAUUAUAGUUAUACCAGAGUAUACUGAAGUUAUGUAUACCACAAUACACAAUAUUUUUUGUUUACUAUUGAGUUAAUUUUCAUGAAAAGUUUCCAA